UCCGAACUCCUAACCCACGUGCGCGGCACCUAUUGCCGUGUCGCAAGACCCAGCGGGUCACGGUCAACCACGGGCUUGUCCUAAUGUCCUAUCAUGUGCCGCCACGUCCCUCUACUGGGCCACCCAACCUUCUCGGAAACUGCCAACGCCCUGGCGACCUAUAAACGGGCGCGCGCGCGCGGCAAGCAAGAAAUCACUUGGACCACCAGCUUCGCCUGACUUGUUUAGCCAUGGCUCUCUUGCUACGCCACCGGCUGCCGCUGCUGCUUCUCCUUGUCAUCUUGGUUGCCGCUUCGCAUGGCGCUCCUUCCAGCGCAGACAACUAUGACUCCUCCCUGUGCCGGCAACACCUGCGGCAACGUCAACAUUAGUUACCCGUUCUAUCUUCGUAACGAGACGGCAGUUCUCCUGGGUUACAACAGUUCGUACUGCGGCUACCCUGGCUUGGGGAUCCUGUGCAAGGACGGCAAUCAGGCAAUCCUGCAACUUGGCAGCGGCAACUACACGGUCUCGACCAUCGACUACCGGGACCUCACCGUCACCGUGGUCGAUCAGGAGGUCCUUGAGGAGACAGGGACCUGUCCCAGAGUCGAGAACAACGUGACGUUCCCGCAGGCCUCGUGGCUGUCUGUCGGUGAAUCAGGAACUAGGGGUCUCCGAAUUCCGAGGCCAGGCCAGCAAUCCGCCACGUGGCGUCCUCCCGCGGGGGUCAUCUCUGCGAGGUAAAAAAGACUAAGUCCCGGGAGAGUGCGCUCGGGGCCACAAACAGUGGUCUCCGAGUACCCAGGUUCCCCGAUGAUCUGCGAAGACCAAGUAACCAGGAAGGAAGUGCUCGGGGAGGUGAACAGUGACCCCUGAGCACCUGAGCCCCCCGACGACCAGGAAA